AAGAAAAAUAAUAGAGGAAAAUGGAAAGGUCGAAGAAGGAGAUCCUUGACGCAGUUGAUCUAGAUCAAGGAUCUUGGAUACAAGGAUGCUGCUUGGCCGGAUGAGAUAUUCAAGCUUCUCGUUGGUGGAUCACGAAACUCAAGGUAAUUCAUUUUGAAAAGAUUGCAUAAAUUGCUGUCUCGAAAGGGUGAAAGGGGAAUUCGGAGGUGAUCGUCGAAGGGGACCCGUCGACAACGGAAUCCUCCGGUUGGCUACCUCUAACAUGUGAGCAGUCUAGCGAGUUAAAAAGAGAAAGAAAGAGAGUGAGAGAAGGACAGGUGGGGUUAUUUCCCAGGUAGUACACGCACGCGAUGCCCCGGACUCGAUGCCCAGGUUCGACUUUAUGGUGGGGGAAAUUUAGGUUACUCGUAGCACCAAGAGAAUGUGGGCCGACUAUAUACUGGCUCAUCACGAUCCUCCGUCAGUUCAUUCCUUCUUUGUAUUUCCAAUUCGUAAGACCGAUCUUCUUCGACCUCUUCCUCAACACUCUCGGCCUCUUUCUGCCAAUCGCCGUUGGAUUUUUCUCGCAUACGAGAAAUACUUCCUGCCUAUUUUACUGACCGAGCUUAAAGCGAACAGGAAGAGAAGGAGAAGGAGAAGAAGGAAAAGGUCUUUUUGCUACGAGCUUUUUUUAUCCAGUUCAGGAGUAUGAGGAUCACCAUCUGCUUGCUGUUCCUCGGCUUAAUCGCCGUGAACGCCCAACGUCGAUUGUCCUUACCGGAUCCACGAAGUUGUGCGAAUCGCGUUCGUCACGCGAGUUACAGGGACGCAAGGGGUGUCACUCAUUCGUACUUCUUCAGUUGGGAACAUUUGCCAACUAGAAGCCUCGAGGUGGACUGGCUUGACGCUCGUAACAUUUGCCGUCGUCAUUGCAUGGAUGCGGUAUCUCUGGAGACGCCACAAGAGAAUGAAUUCAUCAAGCAGAGAGUAGCCAGAGGAAACGUGAGGUACAUCUGGACUUCUGGACGUAAAUGUAAUUUUAACGGUUGCGACCGUCCCGAUCUUCAACCGCAAAAUGUCAACGGAUGGUUCUGGUCCGGAUCCGGUGCUAAAAUCGGACCGACCAGCCAACGUAAUUCUGGGGAUUGGAGCCAUACUGGUGGAUACGGUCAGCCACAGCCAGACAACCGCGAGGCUGCUCAGGGUAACGAUGAAUCCUGCCUGUCUAUUCUCAACAAUUUCUACAACGACGGCAUUAAAUGGCACGACGUUGCCUGUCAUCACGUAAAGCCAUUCGUUUGCGAGGACAGCGACGAGCUCCUGAAUUUCGUCGCCUCUCGAAACCCUGGAAUCCGUUUGUAAAGGUGUAAACGCAUUCAACGAGAGACAACCCAGACGAGAUCCCACAACGGACGAUAGACGCGAUAAUUAAGAUGAUGUCAUUUCGCGAUUACUCCAUAUUGCCGUUUAUUUAUGAUUUACUAACCGAUAAUUUUUUACUACGAAAUUUGAGACUUUUUCAAUUUUGUGUGAUACGUCGAGAGAAAAAGAACAAAAAAAAAAGAUUAUUGAACGAUUAGUAGAGCACAUACACGAAGUAAGGUGACGUAAAAAUAUUAUAUGUAUGUCAUCAUUUUGUACCUUCUCUUUUUUCUUACAUAAAUAUAUAUAUAUAUAUAUA